UCAUCCAGCUCCAAGGAAGGAAGAAGGAACUGCUCGAGUCGCAUGUGUCACUUCCAGGCUGAAUGCUGCAAAAUCGCGCUGCUAUGUGAUUCUUGGGGAUAUUUGUCUUAUUUUGCGGUCGAUGGGACGUACGGUUUGAAAGUUAGCAAUCCCAUCUGACGUUUUGGAGCGCGAGAAGGGGAUUGCGUUGUGUUUGGGGAUAGGAGAGGAGAGCUUUUCUUUCCUGUGUGAUACCAGAUAGCUGCGCUUGCUUGUGCCACGACAGGAUUGAAUAUGGCGGAGCAUCACCCGGUUUCUGAAAACAAACACAAGUCUUCUCUGAACUCUGGAGGGCCCUCGUACUCGGGCAAUGGACGGAGCAGCACGGCCGUGGCUGAGAGGGCGAGCAGCGGUUGUAGCAGCAGCAGCAGUGGGCCGUCGGGAGGAGGCGGGCUGUCGGGCGGCCUGUCGCAGCCGGCCGGGUGGCAGUCAUUGCUGUCAUUUACCAUCCUCUUCCUGGCCUGGUUGGCAGGGUUCAGCUCCAGACUCUUUGCUGUCAUCCGCUUUGAGAGCAUCAUACACGAGUUUGACCCAUGGUUCAACUACAGGUCGACUCACCACCUCACCACCAAUGGGUUCUACGAGUUCCUGAACUGGUUUGAUGAGAGAGCGUGGUACCCUCUGGGCAGGAUUGUGGGAGGCACAGUUUACCCCGGGUUGAUGGUGACAGCAGGGCUCAUACACUAUGUGCUAAAUCUCCUUCAUAUUACAGUCCAUAUACGGGACGUCUGUGUGUUUUUGGCCCCAGUUUUCAGCGGGCUCACAUCCAUCUCCACCUUCUUGCUGACCCGAGAGCUGUGGAAUCAGGGGGCGGGGCUUCUAGCGGCCUGUUUCAUCGCCAUCGUCCCGGGAUACAUCUCCAGAUCUGUGGCUGGGUCUUUUGAUAACGAGGGCAUCGCCAUCUUUGCACUGCAGUUUACUUACUAUCUAUGGGUCAAAUCAGUGAAGACGGGCUCCAUUUUCUGGGCCAUUGGAUGCUGCCUUUCCUAUUUUUACAUGGUUUCUGCUUGGGGUGGCUAUGUUUUCAUCAUCAACCUGAUCCCGCUCCAUGUGUUUGUGCUGCUGCUGAUGCAGAGGUUCAGCCGCAGAGUGUACAUAGCAUACAGCACCUUCUACAUCAUUGGCUUGGUCCUCUCCAUGCAAAUCCCCUUUGUGGGAUUUCAACCAAUCAGGACCAGCGAACACAUGGCUGCUGCAGGUGUAUUUGUGCUGUUGCAGGUCUACGCUUUCCUCCAGUAUCUGAAGGAUAGGCUGACACGGCAGGAGUUUCAGACACUCUUCUUCCUCGGAGUUGCUCUGGCUGCUGGAGUUGUGUUCCUCUCGGUUAUAUACUUGACUUACACAGGCUACAUUGCACCGUGGAGUGGGCGCUUCUACUCCCUGUGGGACACUGGUUAUGCAAAGAUCCACAUCCCGAUCAUCGCCUCGGUGUCAGAGCAUCAGCCCACCACAUGGGUCUCCUUCUUCUUUGACCUGCACAUCCUGGUCUGCACCUUUCCCGCGGGACUCUGGUUCUGCAUUAAGAACAUCAACGACGAGAGAGUGUUCGUGGCCUUGUAUGCCAUCAGUGCAGUGUAUUUUGCUGGAGUUAUGGUGCGUCUGAUGCUUACCCUCACGCCGGUCGUAUGUAUGCUGUCUGCUGUGGCCUUCUCCAGUGUGUUCGAGCAUUAUCUGGGAGAUGACAUGAAGAGGCAGAGUCCACCGGCCGAAGACAGCAGUGAUGAAGACGACAAGAAAAACGCAGGGAACCUCUAUGACAAGGCUGGGAAGGUGCGGAAACAUGUGUCUGAGCAAGAGAACGUGGAAGAGGGGCUUGGACCGAACAUCAAGUCCAUAGUGACGAUGUUGAUGCUGAUGUUACUUAUGAUGUUUGCUGUUCACUGCACAUGGGUCACCAGUAAUGCCUACUCCAGCCCCAGUGUAGUGCUCGCAUCAUACAACCACGACGGGUCUCGUAACAUCUUGGACGACUUCAGGGAGGCGUACUAUUGGCUGAGGCAGAACACGGAUGAGCACGCCCGGGUCAUGUCCUGGUGGGAUUAUGGCUAUCAAAUCGCUGGGAUGGCCAACAGGACCACACUGGUGGACAAUAACACCUGGAACAACAGUCAUAUAGCUCUGGUGGGUAAAGCCAUGUCAUCCAAUGAAACUGCGGCCUACGAGAUCAUGAGGUCUUUGGAUGUGGACUAUGUCUUGAUCAUUUUUGGAGGAGUCAUUGGUUAUUCUGGAGAUGACAUCAACAAGUUCCUAUGGAUGGUCCGGAUCGCAGAAGGGGAGCAUCCAAGAGAUAUCAGGGAAAGUGACUACUUCACCCCUCAAGGAGAGUUCAGAGUGGACAAGGCAGGAUCCCCAACACUCCUCAACUGCCUCAUGUACAAGAUGUCUUACUACCGCUUUGGAGAGAUGCAGUUGGACUUCCGGACGCCGCCUGGUUUCGACAGGACCCGUAACGCAGAGAUUGGAAACAAAGACAUUAAACUGAAGCACCUGGAAGAGGCCUUCACUUCGGAGCACUGGCUCGUCCGCAUUUACAAAGUGAAGAAACUGGAGAACAGGGACCGACUGGAGCACAAGCUCAGGAGCACCGACGCCAACAGACAGAAGUACACUUCCAAGAAGACGUCCAAGAGGAAGCGUGGGUUUGUCAAGAACAAGCUCACCCUGAAAAAGGGCAAAAAACUAACCAAGAAAUCUCGAUAGGCCUUUAUCAGCCUCAGUCAGAAGUGCCCACAGGACUGAAGACAGGACACCAAUAAAACUAUCAACUAAAUCCACCAAUCAAAAUAAACCAGAGCAUCAUGAAACUUUGAAUCGGCCCUACUGCAGGAAACCAGAGAGUGCUUUGGACUCCAGCUUUGCCCUGAUGUAAGGGGUGAUAGGGCUCUGAAUAUACGGGAGAUUUAUGGGCUAGUCCCAGGAUGCUCCCACUGUGGGUUUAAACCUGGGGAACUGCAAUCUUUGACUGGCAUUUCUUUUUGUACUUGAACGUGCUGGGGUUAUGAUAUCCCGAGUGGAGGAACACUUCAAAUUGCAUCCGUCAUUAAAGGUAAAGAUGGUUAACAGGUGUCAAUUCAGAGGGAAAUGCUGCUCACACUGAUAGAUUGAUUAAUGCAUUUUGUUAUUAAAGUGGUCUGAGAGAAACAGAAUUGUGAUCUUGUUUUUUCUGCUUUUCAAAAAUAACCAACCUAGUGACUAAUUUAACUUAAUAGUUUAAACCAUUUCAAAAACAUGAUAGAUGUGAUAGUGAAUUUUUUUCUGGUAAAUAAACAGGAGAGUGAAUACUGCCCAUUGUCAUCUAUGUGCAACAAGUAACAGGCUUAACAGAUAAUUUCAAUUUCUCAAUAAAAUCCUUUUGAUUCAGUUUUCUCCGUAUUAGAAUUCUAAGCCAAUUGCUGGCUUAAAACCUAUUUGUAUUUUACUUGCAACAAUGUUUCUAAUUAGUUUUAAGCUUAAACCUCACCAUCAACUCUCUUUCUAAUACAAAACAUAUCAGUGAAUUCUGUUCCUCUCAUACUAUUUCAAAAGCAUCGGCCUUAAGUGUGAUAAAGUUAAUUUCCAUAAAUUAGGACUGUCGGUGAGGAUAUUUAUUUCAGACGAAAGUGAACGCAGCGUCUGAUCGCGAAGAAGCAGAGAUUUUAAGUUGUGAUUUUUCUAAGUCAAGGGUUCUUCCAUCAAUUGUAAUGAUCUGGAUGCAGGUGUGAGAAUGAAACAUGCCUUUUUGAAUAAAGAGGUUAAAAUAA